AUGAGUGCAAUAGAUAUAAAUAAAGUGGAGAGUGAAGAUGACAAAACUUUGGACAAGAAGCAAAUCGAAGCAGAAGAAAAGGAAGUAAUGUUGAAGAGCGAUGGAGACAAUGAAGAAGAUGUGGAGCUGAGGCAUGAUGGUGGUGCCGUUAAGGCGGCAUUAUCAGGAGACAUCACGGAACAAGGACGCGAGGUUAAACCCAAGUUCAUUCCUAUCGGCGCCAUCAAAAUGCCAGGUUUUUUUACAAGGAAUUCUGAUAGAGAAAAAUCAAAGGAGGAGGAAGCUAUUGAGAACGAUUCCGAAAAGGAGAAAAGUCAAGAUAAAACAGUUGAUGAAGGAAAUCCAAAGAGUAAUUUUAAAUUCCUACAAGGCUGCCCAUUCUCCAGCUUCAUAAAGAAGUCUCAAAAUGAGAGUGAUGGUAAUGCAGAUAAAAGCCGAAGUUUUGGUGGAUUUACAUUUAAAUAUCCCAAUAUAUUUAACAAGCAAACUCGCAAAAAUGCAGAGGCAACACUCGCCUCUAUGGAGACCUUGGAAGAUAAACUGGAUACUCCGAACGAUGGAAUGGAAAAUAUUAAAUUAGAUAUGACUGAACCUGAAGAAGGAAAGGUUGCCACAAGGCUUCCACUAAAAGAAAGAAUACGCCAAAAGAAAUUCAUUAUAGAUGAUAUUGUAGUUUGCGUCAUAGUGUUCUUAGUUAUUUUGGCUGUGAUCAUCGGGAUUGUUAUAGGAGCUCAGGCGGGCCCACCCACAGAAAGACCUCUCAGACUUGGCAAAUAUGUCACAACACAAACCACUUGUGGCUUAGUUGAAGGUAUAUUGAAUGAGGGUGUUUAUAACUUUUAUGGAAUACCCUAUGCUGCUCCACCUGUUGAAGAAAGAAGGUUUGCAUAUGCCCAGCCACUCAAUAAUCUAUCCAUGUGUUGGAAUGACACACUUAAUGUGCACAAGCCUGGCGCCAAGUGUCUCCAGUUCUUAGAAAAUGGUACCAUUAUUGGAGAUGAAGAUUGCCUAACAUUGGACAUUGUUACACCUCACGUGAGAUAUGACUCGCCGCUACCCGUUGUUGUUUUAAUUGGAGCCAAUACACUAGCUGGAGGAAUUAGCCCAGCUCAACCAUCAGCUCUUUAUGCCCGCACUAAAGAAGUAGUGUUCGUACGUCCUAAUUUCCGCCUCGGACCAUUUGGAUUCUUAGCCCUUGACAUCAUAUCUAACAGCAAAUACCCAGCGACAUCAGGAAAUUAUGCCCUUAGUGAUUUGCUAGUCGCUUUACAAUGGAUAAAGUACAAUAUAAAGCAUUUUGGCGGCGACGCCGAAUCAGUUACUUUAUUAGGACAUCGCGCUGGCGCUACAUUGACAGCAGCAUUGACUACUAUUAAGAAAGCCCAGAAGUUAUAUUCUCGUGUCUGGCUGUCUUCCCCGUCAGUCAUUUUUCCAGGUGAGGCUCUGGAGUUAUCUGAGAAAAGCAAUGAGCAGUUUAAGCAGAUUAGUAAAUGCAACGAUAUUGACUGCUUGAGAAACAUGUCUCCAGUUGAAAUAUUGUCUUCCACUCCUGACACUUGGUUGGGAAACACAAUCGAUUCUCUACCUAAAACUGAAGAAAUGAAGCGUUCAUGGUUAGUGUUAGAUGGUGACCUACUGAGAACACACGCUUACGAGAGCUGGGAUGCACAGAAGGAAGCCAAAAAAGAAGGCAAGGAGAAAGUUUUCAAACCAAUGGUCUUUGGCACAGCUCAGCAUUCUGGGCACUCGGAACUUUUGCGAAUGAAACAUCUCAAUUGGUCUGCUGAGACUGUAGAGAAAAUGGUUAACGAGAGCUAUAUUGGACAAAAGAAUUUGACAUCUAUUGUGUUCAAGCACUUCAAUAAGACGUAUGAUGGUUUGGUGGAACUGAUAUCGUCUAUACGGACCUUGUGUCCUCUGGUAAGCUUGGCUCGUAUGCGUUUGGUUGCUCCGAUGUACGUAGUUCUCGGCGCUGGAGCGGGGGGUGGUCCUAAGGGCUCGAGGAUAGCCGGCAUAGAUUCUGACGUAGAGGCUAUAUUGGGCACGUUCGAUUCAGAAGUACCGGAGCAGCGACGCUUUAUGGCAGCUAUGCAACAGCUGUUCUACUAUUACGUCUGGCAUGGACGAUUGCCUGGCCCCGAAACCGGUCUAAUAGCUGUAGGACAGGACUUGCUGCCGCACCACGGUUUGCCGGCUUGUGACAUGCUCAUCCAAGAGGAUAUUGUCCCCAGAUACGCACAUAUCGACUAA